AAUCAGCCAUGAAUUCCCUUCUUUUUCAACCUUGAUGUGUGUGGGUUUGCUCUAAUUCUCCUUUCUUCAAUUGCUAGAAGUCUGCGUGAAGCCCCCUGCAAUUUUUCCCGCCGGCACCUCCUCAUCCCGCCAGCUCCAGCUUGCUUGUUGAGCAUUUUUGGUAAGUUGGCUUCUCUAAUCCUUGAAAAUUGGUGGAUUAAUUGUUGCUUGUGAGCUUUAAUUAGUUGUGUGGGUGUUUGGGUUGUCAAGGACCAAGAUGCCGAAGGCAACAGGAAUUGCUAGUGUUUAACUCCCACUAGCAGGAUUACAGGAACGAACCGGUUCUAUCAGGAACAUGUCGACAUGUGCUAGCGUUUGACCUCCCACUAGCGGGCAACAGGAUAACAUGACCGUAUCGGAGACAAAACAGGCAGAAGCUGAAAAGAGGAGUUUCUGGGCUGAUUUUACCAAGAAAAACCAGCAGCAGCCGGCGGCAGAGGGGGAAGAAGCAGGGCAGAUCCGGCGGCUUUUCUGCAAAAGAGAGAAGUUCAAAGUCCUAGACUUGUUCUUGGGUAAGAGGGAAACCAAAAAUCAUCAAGUUCUCUUACCAAUUUGCAGAUGGGGACGCUGGAAAAUGGCUGGGUUCACUUCGGCUGCAGCAGGGAGAAAAAACAGAGCAGACGCGGAAAUGGCUGGGAGAAGAAAGGAAAGAAAAGAAAAAGGAAAAAGAGAUGAGAAAUUAGGGGGUUUGGCUGUUGUGUGUGUCCAUGAGGAAAGGGGAGAACCCCGUGAGUUGGCCAUUUUUGUCAAGGCCGGUUCUCCCAUUGCUUGUCCAUGAAAUUGAGGAAAUUGGUAUAUGGGUAAUUACAUAAUUGUAGAUAUAUAGAUAAAUACCCAAUCCCGGUUAAUGCUUAAUUUCCGGAUAGAAAAGCCAAAAAUGAAAAUAAAUAAAGGAAUGAAAUUUCCUUAUAGAUAUUAACUCGAGAAUAUUGUGAUUAGGUCCUUGAUUGCCCUGUGGUCUUAGCACUUGGAUUAGGCCUCCUGUUCUGCGUGACUAAGGUAAGUAAAUUAUGGUAAAGCUCGUAAAUUUUUGAAGCAUAUUUUAAUUGUUUUCUGAGAUGGUGGCGAGGUUUAAAUUGAUUUAUUCGCAUUUGAGCAUGAUUGAAAAGGGAAAUUAAACUUUUAUCAUUUUCCUUAUUUUCUAGAAUUAAGCAUGCCCACAUGAGAUCCUUUUGAUUUAUUCUUGAAAGUGAGAACGAUUGUGAAUUU